CUGUCGGCGCCCUGUCUGGUUCGGCCUUGCUGGCUCUGCCUCCGACCCGAAAUGCCUGUCUGGGGCGGUGGAAACAAGUGUGGGGCCUGCGGGAGCACCGUGUACCACGCCGAGGAGGCCCAGUGCGACGGCCGCAGCUUCCACCGCUGCUGCUUUCUGUGCAUGGUUUGCAGGAAAAAUUUAGACAGCACAACAGUGGCGAUUCACGAUGAAGAGAUCUACUGCAAAUCCUGCUACGGAAAGAAGUAUGGACCAAAAGGCUAUGGUUAUGGCCAGGGCGCGGGCACGCUCAACAUGGACCGCGGGGAGAGGCUCGGCAUCAAGCCCGAGAGUGUUCAACCUCACAGGCCUACAACAAAUCCAAACACUUCUAAAUUUGCUCAGAAAUACGGAGGUGCUGAGAAGUGUUCCCGGUGUGGGGAUUCCGUAUACGCUGCCGAGAAAAUAAUUGGAGCUGGGAAGCCCUGGCAUAAAAACUGCUUUCGAUGUGCCAAGUGUGGGAAGAGUCUUGAAUCGACAACUUUGACUGAAAAAGAAGGUGAAAUCUAUUGUAAAGGAUGCUAUGCUAAGAACUUUGGGCCCAAGGGCUUCGGCUAUGGCCAAGGAGCAGGGGCUCUCGUUCAUGCUCAGUGAAGAUGAAAACCCAGAACUAAGCAUCGCCCACCGAGAAUCUCUUCAUACUCUAGGCACAGAUCUUGUACCACUAAACUACUGUGAAAUUCCACCAGCAUUUUAUGGUUACCCUGUUCCUGGAUAGGCUGGCUAACUUGUAGGAAGAGAGCACUGUAUCCUUUUGCUUUAUUCUCCAGCGUUUUUAAGAACCAUUUCUUUUUAAAUAAAACUUCAGCUUGAAAAAAAAUAAAA